CUGGGGAGUUGAGACGGAAAUGGAUGGAAUAAUCGCAAGUUGGGCACAUGGUAGCUAAGGUGCCUCAGUUUUUGAGGUUUCGCUCUCCUUUACCAUACCAUUAUCACACCAUCUUCAACUGCUUCUCUUCUACCCUAAACCUUAAACUUGCAAUUGCAAUUUCAAUUUCAAUUUCUUAUACAAGCAAUCACGAGAGAGAGAGAGAAAUGGCAUAUGUAGCUUUAACUUCUCUGAUGGCAACACUCGAGCUUGAGUUUCUGCAACCCAUCCCAAGGCCGUCUCUUCAUUAUCAUCAUCAUCAACCACUCAUCAUAUCUUUCUUCCAAAACCUUUCUUCUUUGCGACAAUUUCUAGACAUAUUCCGUUCCCGCAGUGCACCCAGAGAUUUGGAAAUCAAAAUCAGAGACUUCGCACUUGAGGCUGAAGACAACAUUGAAACACAAAUAAGCAACUUUCUUCUACUCUCCAAACACAAUAGUACAGCGCAUCAACAAGAAUCUUCCCAACAACUCUGUCGAACCUUGCUAGAAGCAGCACAAAACGCAGCAGACUUGUUGAACAUUACCAAUACACAAAAAGAUGGAGAAACACAGAGAAUGAGGGCUUGUGAUGCUUUAACUUCUCUCAUAUGGAAGAUUCGGUAUGACUAUGCGGCCUCGGGGAAAAUAAGGGUGAAUCAUAUUCCACCAACACUCAUCGAAUCUCUCAUGGAAAACCUUUCUUCUUUGCGACAGUUUCUAGAGAUAGCCAAUUUUCAUGGUGCUGCUUCAAUCAAAAUCAAAGAUUUGGCAACCAGAAUCACAGACUUCGCAUUCAAUGCAAAGCAGGACAUCACUAACCAAUCAAAUGAUCUUCGUCAUUCCAGAUUGACAGAUAAACAUGAAAAACUUUCCAACAAACUCCUCCAAACCUUGGAAGAAGUAGCAGAGAACACAUCAGAGCUGUUGAACAGUAUCAACAACACAACCAACGAAGCUGAUGAGGCCAGUGAAUGUGAAACACAACCACCUAUUCCUUGGUUAAAACAUAAUGCAUCCCAAUCUGUGAAUGUGAAUGUUAAGGGAGGAGAUAAUGGAUCAUCAUCAUUGAGGUGCUCUGAGGACACAAUAAUGGUGGGUCGUCAAAAUGAUGUUACUACAAUAAAGGAUCGACUCUUCAGUAGCUUUGGUGGUUUAGAUGUAAUCCCAAUUAUUGGGAUGCCCGGCAUAGGAAAGACUACUUUAGCUCGAACAAUUUUUGAAGAUCAAUUAGUUACACAGCAUUUUGAGGUAAAAAUCUGGUUUACUAUGCCCCAAAAAUACAAUGAGAUCCAAAUACAAAGAGACCUCCUUCAGUCAAUUACACAAGUUGUAGUUCAGCAACAUGAAUGUAAAGAUGGAAGAACUGUAAGUGAGAUGGUGCAGGAAUGCUUGAUACAAACGAGGUAUCUAAUUGUUAUAGAUGACAUAUGGAGCACUCAGCAUUGGAGAUAUAUCAGUGACUGUUUUCCUAGUUAUGUGGAAGGAAGUCGCAUAUUGCUGACCACCCGGUUGUAUGAAGUGGCUCAUUAUGCUUGCCCAUUCAAAGGUAAUCAUCAUGUUAUGAGUUUACUAGAUCCAAAUGAAAGUUGGGAUCUAUUCUGCAAUAAUUUUCCUCUUGAAAAGUAUAGUGCACCAAGAUUUGAAAGCUUUAGGAGCCAUUUGUCUAAUGCUGUGGAGAAAUGUGAUGGACUGCCACAGGCAAUUGUUAUAGUGGCAGAGCGUUUAUUGGAAUGCAAGGACAACAUACAACAUGAAUUGAAAAAGAUUGAAAAAGAAAUUGAGUUGUUGGGAAUUCUAGAUUAUAGUGCACUCACUUUCAUUUACAAUCAGUUGCCAGAAUAUUUGAAAGUUUGCUUUUUAUAUCUUGGAAUUUUUCCAAAGCGCAGUGAAAUCCAAGUUAAAACCCUUCUUAGGUUAUGGAUUGCUGAAGGAUUUGUGAAGCCAUCAAAGAAUGAGGAGUUAGAAAAGAUUGCUUAUUGUUACUUAAAGGACCUCAUUGAUAGAAGUCUUGUGUUAAUAAGCAAUUGGACUAUUGAUGGAAAAAUUAAGACUUGUAGGGUGCACAGUGUCAUACAUAACAUUUGUUUCAGAGAGGCUCAGAAAGAGGGAAUUUUAUGUGCAGUAAAUACUCAGCAACUCCCAAGGUGGGCAUUAAAUGGAUUUGCAAAUUCAUGUCGUUGGUUUAGUUUAUGCAAACAUAGUUUUGACUAUUAUGUGUUGUUUAGUUCAAACAACCCUCGCUCCAUUUUCUUCUUUCAAGAAAAUUCUGAUUUUUUUGUACCCUUCAAGCUAUUAAGAGUUAUGGCAUUCAUUCCAUCCCCAUUCCUCCAAAGAGUGCCAAUGCAUUUAGGGGAUUUAGUUUUUCUUAGAUAUUUAUCUGUAACACAAUGGUUUGAAGGUCUCAACGAUGUAGUGUCAACUAAUCUAAAUUUGCAGACACUUGUUGUUUUCGGAAAUGACAGUGAAUCACAACUUGGAGUACCUACUCUCCAUUUGCCAUCAACAAUUUGGGAGUCACCACAAUUAAAGCAUCUUGAACUUGGUUCUUUGUAUAAGGUUGAUCCUCCCAGUGUGGUUAAAUGGAAUUUGCAAACAUUAUAUUGGGCAGGUCCAACUCAUUGUAGAAAGAAAUUGUAUUCCAGUUUUCCAAACAUAAACAAACUGAAAAUAUUUUGUAAAGAAGACAUGGAGCCCAUUCACAUUGGUGGAUCUUCCCGCAAAGACAUCAUUUUGGAUAACUUGGACUAUUUAGCACGACUUGAGAGUCUAACGAUUUCAGUUUCUGUUGGCUCAGUUGUAACAUUUCCUAAACGGUGUAUGUUUCCUUCACAACUGAAGAAACUGAGGUUGAAAGGGACUAAUCUUUCUAGGAGGGAUUUAAAUGUAAUUGGCACAUUGAAAUGCCUUGAAGUGCUCAAGCUGGAAAAUGCUUUCCAUGAAGAAGUGUGGAGAGUAGCUGAAGGAGGAUUUUUUGGAUUAAAGUUCUUGCUCCUUAAAGAUAUAAAACUCAAGAGGUUGGAGGCUUACAGAUAUUCUUUCCCAUAUCUUGAGCGCCUAGUUCUAAGAUGUCUUCAUUAUUUGGAAGAGAUUCCUAGCAGUUUUGGAGAAAUUUUCUACUUGAAGUCAAUUGAGUUGGAUAGGUGCAGCCGCUCUUCCAUUGUUGCUUCUGCCAAGGAUAUUCAAGAGAAGCUAGAGAAAAAUUUUGGAAAAGCAAAUUUUAAGAUCAAAAUCCAGGAGCCUGAAUAUGAUGAAUCAGGGAACAUAGUAGAGCGUGAUGAAGAUGUUGGGGUUGGAAAAUUUGAAAAAGCUAAUUUUGAGAUCAAAAUCCAGGAGCCUGAAUAUAAUGGUGUUGGUAAAUUCAAGUCGUACAUCCACAAAUUAAAGAAUAAGAGAUGGAGAAAUAUGUUGAGGCACAAGCCCAAAAGUAGCUUGGUGGGCCAAGCAGAUUUGAGAAGAGAAACAUGAGAUGAGAGGAAGAGUCUGUAAAAGACAACUUGGUCAGGCUCAUAGUGAAUUAACUGCAAUGAGAAAACCGGGCAGGGCAAUAUUAAGUGCAGAAUAUCUGGUAUCUACAUCAUAUCAUUCUUGUGUGUGUUUCAGUACAGUUGGUGAAUUCAGGAAAUUAAAAUUUUCCCAACUACAUUCACAACAUUCUUCUAUAUGUCGUCCACUUUCAAGUAUGCAAUCUCUUUUCAGACAAGUAUAUGAAAGUAGAAGAAGAAAAUAUCAAAAUGCAGGAGCUAGAAUAUGAUGAAUCACAGUAUACUGAUAUAGAAGAUGACUUGGGCGGAAUCACAGUGAGUAGUUAACUGCAACUAGAAAAAUGAUAUGCUGAGAUUGGUAAGCUAAUUGUAUACCUUUAAAAAAAAAAAAAUUCCAGACUGGGAAGUUGCUGCUAUUGCUCAAAGUAUUGGAGAUCCGGAGGAGGUGGCCAUUCUCUGUUCUGUUGUUGGACAUAAUAGAAAGAUGGAGCAGCAUUCGACGUAUAUAUAUGGUUUUGUCAAUGUUUCAUUCUGAAGGCUUUAUAUAUAUGGAUAGCUCAGGUUCAGGCAGGCAGGCUGCAAUACAUACUCUGAUCUCAGCUUAAUUUCCAUCUAAUGAUCAGACUUGAGACUACUGCAUAUCCCAAAUCUUGAGCGUCUAGAUAGUCUUAAGAUAGAUUUUGUUAUUGUUUGGAAGAGGUCCCUAGAGCUUUGAAGGCAUAGCGGUGAGGCUGAAGUUAAUUGAAUUGCGUAGGUGUACGUAACACUUGGGUUAUUGCUUUUGCCAACCGCUGCUUCCUAGAAAAGCAACGGAAAUCUACCUAGCUAGUACAAAUUUGAUCGAGGUUAGAAGAACUUUUUAACAACGAACAUAAAUCGUAAGGAGAUGCCUACUAGCUGCUGGUCACUAUUAUGCUCUUAUGCUUGAGUUCAUUCAAUUCUAAUGUUGAUGCACCUCCAAGAAAUCAGAAAUCAUGGACCCAGAUAGAUAAAUAUGUAAAGCAUAGAUACAGAGUUUGUUGAGAGGAACUGGGCGGGAAGCUGCUAGUGCUCAAGUAUUGGAUAUGUAGAGUUGAGAGGAACUGCGGGCUUUUGGUGAUAUACAUAUCAAUAUAUCAUGUUAUGUAAUGAAGUAGUAGACGGCAAAUUAUAGUCUAUAUUGUAUUGUAGAUUUUGGUCUAAAAAUAACCUUCAAAUAUAUGUAGUUGACACAUUUUGUACUUGCAGGUGAAAGUUUAUGUAUCAGUAAGCUUGUAGCUA